AUGUCGAGACAAAUUUCUUCUUGUCGCUAUUUGUUAUUUUAUUUGUCUGUGAGCGUAAUCUUAGCUUGCGGAUCGUUUCGAAGGAUUCCUAAAGAAGCAUCCUGCCCUUCAUGUAGUCUAGAUUGCCCAGAAGCCUUGACCGUUCAAUUACCAUGGAAUACUCAUCAAGAAUCAAAUUUACAAGAUUUCUCUACAAAUUUGCUUCAAAAUUCUCCAUAUUCUCACUUGUUACAAGGAGAAAUCUCCCAGAAUAUAGCACGCGAUGAUAAUGUUUCAUUAUAUAAAACAAAAAAUUUGAUGUCUUUCGGAAACUACAGAGGAUUUCAUCAACAAGAACCUGUUAACCAAAAUUCAUUUGUCAAGAAUUAUCUUAAUAGUUCUCCGCAAUCCUCAGACAGACAAGAAAUAUUUUCUCAAGAUAUACCUAUAAAAGAUUAUCCUCGUGUUGUUCCAUCGAGACAAAUUUUUGAAGAAAAUUGGUUUUUUAGAAAUCCUCACAAUAAAUAUUCAGAAUCCUUGUUAGAAGACUAUAGAAGGAUGGAAGAUUAUAAAAGGGACGAAGAAGAUCUUAUGAGGAAAGUGCAUCACGCCGAUAGAGAUACAAAAUCAUCAGGGAAGUAUCCAGGGGACAUUUCUUCAAACGUCAUGCAGUCAGAGAAAUCUUUCUCUGAAGUUGAAAAUAUCUACCGACUUCGCCGGGAAGACGAGCAAAAAGAUACAAUCAAGGAAUCUUCAAAUUCUGCCAGCCAGCUUAGGUAUUCUCCAGAAAGAUAUAGUCUCGUAGAAUUUAGUCCAUCAGAAGUUAAGCAUGAUCCUUAUGUUGAGGAUUCGGAUAUCUUAAAAUCAACUAAAAAAUUCUUUGAAAAUUGGGACACUAAGAAUUCACGAUCCUCGAAUGUAGGACAGUUUAGGAAUAAUUUCUUAGAAUUAUAUCCUGCAAGAAAGCAAGAAAUUAUAGUUAAAGAUGAUAAUGAAGAAAUCAAUUCUAAUUCUCAUAAUUCUAAGUUUCCUCAGGAUAUAAAUACAUGGAAAUCAGGAAAGGAUGAAACAUUGUUCGAUUCUUUGAUGAAAGCAAAUACUAAAUCUUUCGAAAAUGAGGAAGAUGAUAAAGAAUAUUUUGAAGACGAGACUGAAUACUUCAUGGAGGACAAAGAUAUGAAAGAUUAUUUUGAAGAUGAAACUGAACAUAAUACUAUAAAAACUGGACAAAAUAAUAUUAAUCCUCAUAUAUUUCCUCAGAAUAUUUGGAAAGGAAUAUUAAAUGAAGAAUUCGACGAUUUAAAUUUUAUACGUGAAAACUCGCAAGAGAUGGGACAAUUGGGAUUAUAUUCUGAAAAAAAUAAUAAAUACUUCCAGGAUAAGCAAAACGAGGAUCUAAUCUUUCGAGACAAAGCAUACACCAGUACUGAAACCAGUACUGCCCGUACACCUGUGAUUAAUGCCUAUAAUGCUUAUAUACUUCCUCGCUAUUUAAAUAUUGUAAAUGAUAAAAAGUAUCCUACCAAAUCAGAAACGCAGGAAUUGUCAGAAGCAAAAAGUAAUAUACAUGCAAAUCCUGUAAAAGAAAUGAAUCACAAGUUCUUCGAAAAUGAAGCUGUUGAAGACAAUAUAAUGCGUAUCAAAGAUCUUAUAUUUCCUAAAAAUAUUUUCAAUGUAGAGGAAUACAAUAAUCCUGUUAUCACCAAACAGAAUAAUGUAAAAAACAAGAACGAGGUUUUGACAGAACUUGAUCCUGAUAUAUUGGACGAUAUCGAAAAUCCUCCAAUAGAAACAACUGAAUUGACACUAAUGUAA